AUGUCCUGCAAGAAGUGGUGCUCUAACAGCCAGGCCAAGUGGAUCCUUGCUGGCAGUGUCAGUGUGACCCUGGUGUUGACCAUUUCAAUGGUCCUGGGCCUCACCCUGCAUCGUCCAGGCUGUGAUCAAGAUGCAGUUUGCCGUUCAGAUGCAGACAUGCUGGACUACAUGCUAAGCACGGGCCAUAUCAGUCACCGGGAUGGCCUGCUAAUCACCUGGUACCACGCAGCCAACAGCAAGAAAGAGAUGGAGGAUGCCCUGAACAGCAAUGUCAUGGUCUUGGAGGCAGAUGUCAAUGUAGAAGGUUUCACCACAGUCAAUGAGACCGGGGUGCCUAUUAUGGCCCACCCUCCAGCCAUCUACAGUGACAACACCCUGCAGCAGUGGCUGGAAGCUGUACUCUCCUCAUCUCAGAAGGGCAUCAAACUGGACUUCAAGAGCCUCAAGGCUGUGGGCCCCUCCCUGGACCUCCUCCGGCAGAUGACCGAGGCUGGCAAGAUUCGGAGACCGGUGUGGAUCAAUGCUGACAUCCUGAGGGGCCCCAAUGUGCCCAUCUCGAUUGAGAUCAAUGCUACACAGUUCCUGGCGCUGGUCCAGGAGAAGUAUCCUGACGUCACCAUCUCUCCUGGCUUUACUACUCUGUAUGUGCCUCAGUUGCCAAACAGCACGUACACCCAAGCCAUGGUGGAGAAGAUGCAGGAGCUGGUGGGGGCGCUGCCUCAGAGCAUCACCUUCCCCAUUCGGGCUUUCAUGGCACGGGCUGCUUGGCCCCACUUCAGCUGGCUCCUGGGCCAAUCUGAGAGAUACAGCCUGACACUGUGGCAGGGUGCCUCGGACCCCGUGUCGGUAGAUGAUCUCCUCUUCAUCCGGGACAACAGUGCCACCCACCAAAUCUACUAUGACCUCUUUGAGCCCGUCCUGUCGCAGUUCAAGCAGCUGGCCUUGAACAGCACCCGGAAGCGAACCUACUACACAGGUGGCAGCCUGAUCCCUCUUCUCCAGCAGCCCAGGGGUGAUGGCCUAGAGGUAGAGUGGCUGGAUCUACAAGUGAAUGGUGGCGGGAGAACAGCGGCCAUUACUGUCCCUGGCAGAGAAGGCAUGAUCCUGCUGGAUGUGGGCCUCCAGGAACCUGAAUCUGGGACCCCUGUGCCCAUCCUGCGUACCCAAGGUGGUCCUAUUCUGACAUUAGAGUCCUGUCUGCUGCAGCUGGCUGCUCACCCCGGCUCCUGGGGCAUCCAUGUGAACAUCGUGGAACCCACAGCUCUCCGGCCCUCCCUGGCCACACUGGCACGCCUCUCCACCCUUGGCCAUCUGCCCUGGCCCGUGUGGGUGGGGGCUACAAUCUCACAUGGUAAUUUUGUGGUCCCUGGUCAUGUGGCUGGCAGAGAACUGCUUACAGCUGUGGCUGAAGUUUUCCCUCACGUGACCGUGGCACCAGGCUGGCCUGAAGAGGCGCUGGGCAGCGGCUAUCAGGAGCAGAUGAUCACAGACAUGCUGGAGCUGUGUCAGGGACUCUGGCAACCUGUGUCCUUCCAGCUGCAGGCUGGGCCACUGGGCCGGAGUUCGGCCAAAGCUGUGGCCAGGCUUCUGGCAGCCUCCCCUCGAGCCACGGUCACGGUGCACCACAGCAUGGCUGGGAACAACUAUGCAGACGUUUGGGCUGGGUUGUGGGUGGCCAGGGCCAUGGACAGGACCCGAGUCUAUUACAGGAUACCCCAGGGGUACCGAGAAGACUUGCUGGCAGAUGUGAGCAGGAACUGA